AUGUUUGCUGUGGGAUUAGAUGAAUUUGAAAUUUUAAUCCUUUACUCUCAACUUAUUGCCACAAAAAUAGAAAAUAAUAAGCCCUUUUCUUCAAAUGAGGUUAAGGAGAUUAUAUUUGGCUCUCUGUUAGGAGAUGGUAAAUUAGAAUUACCUCCAUCCCGCGAGGGGAGAGGGUUAAAUGCAAGAUUUGGCUUUACACAAAGCUUAGAAAAAAAAGAUUAUUUUUUAAGUGUGUUAAAUUCUUUAGGAGAAAUCAGCUCUGGAAAGUAUAGAGAAAUGUCUUAUUUAGAUAAAAGAACUGCUCAUUGGGUGAUGCAAGAUGGAUCGAGAGGAACCUCUAAAGGUUUAUAUCUUUGUACUGAUUGUUUUACCCUUACUGAUGUUCAAAGGCUCAGUCAAUAUUUAAAUAAGAAAUAUGAUUUUAAAUGCUCUAUCCAUAAAGCUGGAGGAAACUAUAGAAUUUAUAUUUUAGCUAAGUCCGUAGAGACAGUUAAAAUUCUUAUUUUGCCUUUUAUGCAUAAAACUAUGACAUAUAAGUUGGGAGUAUAG